AACAUCCCAGUUCUCUCAUUUCUUUGAUCCACAUCUCUAUAAUUGCACUUCUCUUGUGAAGCAUUUAUCAAACAUACAGAGAAGACGACCAUUUCUUCCAUGGCCUUACAAGGGGCUUUUUCCUCUCUCCAGUCCUCUUCUUCUUCUAUUCAUUCAUGGACUCACGACGUAUUCUUGAGCUUUCGAGGUGAAGAUGUUCGCCAAAAAUUUAUUUCUCAUCUACACCAUGCUUUGAAUAAAAGGGGAAUCAACACUUUCAUAGACGAUGAGCUCAAGAGAGGAGAGGAAAUUUCGCAGGCACUUUUUCAAACUAUCGAAGGGUCAAUGAUUUCUAUCAUUGUACUAUCUAAAAAUUAUGCAGAAUCUAAAUAGUGCUUGAAUGAAUUAUUGAAGAUCCUUGAGUGUAUGGAAACUGUAAAACAAAUUGUUCUACCUGUAUUUUACGACGUAGAUCCAUCAGAUGUAAAACAUCAACAAGGAAGUUUUGGAGAAGGAUUCGCUAAACUUAAAGACAGGUUCGAGAGCAAUGAAGAAGUGUUGAAGUGGAAGGCAGCUUUAGAAAAGCUAGCCAAUAUGUCGGGGGUUGAAUUAAAGAAUUACAGGAAAGAGUCAGGAUUUAUUGAGGAAAUCAUUCAAUGGGUCGACUCAAUAAUAGUAAACCAAACACCUCUAAGCGUUGCCAAGUAUCCAGUUGGGAUAGAGUGUCGUAAGCGAGACAUUUAUCAGCAUUUAAGUAUUGAAAGGAAUGAUAUUAUACGUAUUGUGGGGAUAUUUGGUAUCGGUGGAAUUGGUAAGACGACUAUUUCAAAAGAUAUCUAUAACCAGAUUUACUCUCAAUUUGAAGGAAGUUGUUUCUUGAAAAACGUUAGAGAAAAUUCAAAACAAGUAGGAGGUCUGAUGAAGCUGCAAGAAAUACUUCUUUUCGAGAUCUUAGGGAAAAAACUAGAUAUUUAUGAUGCUGAUAGAGGAAUGAAUGUGAUUAAGCACAGACUUUGCUCUAAAAGGGUUCUACUAAUUCUUGAUGAUGUGGAUGAGUUGGUCCAAAUUGAAAAAUUAGUUGGAGAUCGCAAUUGGUUUGGUUUGGGAAGUAGAAUUAUCAUAACAACGAGAAAUCAACGUUUACUAGAUAAAGCUAAAGUUGAUUCAAAACAUGAGGUGAUGAUUUUGGAUGACAGUGAAGCUCUUCAACUCUUUAGCUUGCAUGCUGUUUGGAAAGAUGAACCACUUGAUGAGUAUGUGGAACUCUCUAAACAAGUACUACAAUAUGCUAAGGGCCUUCCAUUGGCUUUAGUAGUGCUAGGUUCAGAUCUAAAGGGUAAAAGUACACAUCAAUGGAAGAGUGCAUUGGAUAAGUAUAAAAAUAUUCCCAAUAGAAAUAUUCAAGAAGUACUUUUUGUGAGUUAUGAAGGAUUAGAUAAUAAUGAGAAGGAAAUGUUCAUUGAUAUUGCAUUUUUCUUCAAUGGAGAACCUUUGGCUGAUAUCAAGAAAAUAUUUGACAGUUGUGGUUUUUUUCCGGAUGAUGGUAUCGACAGGCUUAAAGACAAGUGUCUUAUUACUAUUGAAAAUGGAUAUGUUCGGAUGCAUGACUUGCUACAAGAUAUGGGUCGAGAAAUUGUUCGUCUAGAAUCACCCAACGAACCUGGUCAACAUAGUAGAUUGUUUUUUCAUGAAGAUGUCCGGCAUGUGUUGGAAGAAAGCAUGGGCACAAACAAAGUUGCAGGCAUGAUAAUAGAAAUGCCCAAAGGCAAGGAGGUGAUAAGGUUGAGUCGCAAAGCAUUUGUACGGAUGAAAAAACUUAGGGUGCUUAUCAUUCGUAAUGCAAGUUUUUCAAGUGGACCUAAUCAUCUCUCCAAUGAAUUAAGAGUACUUGAUUGGUUUGAAUAUCCGCUACAAUCUUUGCUACCCAAUUUCCAUGGAAAUAAACUCAUUAUCUUUAAAAUGCGUCGUAGCUUCAUCAGGGAGUUAAGCUUCAUCAUGUUUAAGAAUAUGACAAUUAUGGAUUUCAGUGAAUGCCAUUUCUUAACAAAAGUUCCAAAUGUUUCAUGCAUCCUAAAUUUGGAGAAAUUGAUUGCCACAAAUUGUAAAAAUUUGGUUGAGGUACAUGAUUCCGUCGGAUCCCUGGAGUAUCUUUGUCAAUUGUGUUUUUUCGGAUGCUCUAACCUCAGAAUUCUUCCAGCAAGCCUCAAGUUGAAAUCUUUACGCUCCCUUGAUCUUAGUGAUUGCUCAAGCCUUCGUAGCUUUCCUGAAAUUUGUUGUGAAAUGAAAUCUUUAACUAAAUUAAUUCUAUCGGGCACUACAGUGAAAGAACUACCAUUGUCAAUUUGGAAUCUUACUAGACUUGAUGAAUUACGACUAGAUGUGUGCAAAAACCUUAAGCGUCUCCCAAUUAACAUUUUUCAUCGGUUGGAACAUUUACAAAGUCUUGGAAUAAUUGGUGAUUGUACAAAUCUAGUAAAGACGUUGGGGUCUACAACAAUGGAAGACGAGAUUUCAUCAAAUCAAGAACAACUCCAGGGAUGGGUGCCUCCAACGAAUUCAAGCAAUGGAAGCAGUGCAGUACAAGUGUUGAAUCAAUCAAAUUUCUUUCCAAUAUCGAGUUUGUAUUCCAUGUUUAAUUCUAGGGACACAUUGACUCAGUUAAAUCUAUCGGAAACUGAAAUUGUUAGCCUUCCCACAUGGAUAAGAGGAUUUGUUGCACUUCGAGAGCUCUACUUGUGCUAUUGCGUGAAUCUUGAAGAAAUCUUAGAGCUUCCACCAAAUAUAGAAUUGGUAGAUGCUAUGGGAUGUUGGUCGUUAAAAAGAUUUCCAGAAGUAUCAAGAAUAAUGGAAUUCAAUGGAAGCCACAUCAGAUCGCUACAUUAUAUUUGCUUGCAUGGCUGCGACAAAAUGCAUGAGAAUAUUUGGAAUUUUAGAGGGACAGAACGAUUACUGUGGAAGGGACAUUAUAAUGCCACUAUGUCAUCGGAAAAUGAGGUUGCUAAGAGAGGGGAUGAUGAUGUCCAAUUGAAAGGAAAUGAAGAAUGGGUAAUAAAUAUUGAGGGGCCACACUUUUUGGAGCAUAUAAGAGGAAUUGCAAUUGCUCUCGUUACAUUUUUUAAAGAAGAUCUUAGGCAUGAUAAUUUUGAUCCUGAUGUUGAGAUAACCGGUAUCAGCUCAAAUUGUGUAUGCCGUAUUGAUAGUGAAGAACGUCUAUUUUUGUCUAAUGAACUUCCAGCUUCUUCUGAUAUCAUACCCAAUGAACCGGAUUAUAUUGUACACUAUGACCAAUAUCGAGUAUGGAUGUGGUACUCUGAUUUAGAAUCAUUUGAGGUAAAGGUUUUGGACAAUUUGAGGGUUCAACUUCGUAUUCUUUCCAAUCCUAGGGAUCCUCUUUGGGUACGUGUUUGGUCACGGUAUUCUAUAAGGUGGGGAGCCAAUGUUGUAUACAAGCAUGAAAGCAGAGCACAUAAAAGAAGAAAAAUGGAUUGAAUUAAAUGAUAACCCAAGUGGAAUUUUAGGUAAUGAAUAAAUGAUUUAGAAUCAUUUGAGCUAAAGGUAUCUUCAACUUCCCGGUGAUAGUGCACUUUUGCGGAUGCCAUAUUAUAGGAGUUGGGGAGCCAAUAUUGUAUACAAGCAUGAAAGCAGAGCACAUAAAAGAAGAAAAUUGGAUUGAAUUAAAUGAUAUGCCAAGUGGCCUUUUGCUACUAUUUCUUUGGAAUUUCAAGUGAGAUUUUCCUUUCAUUUUUGUUACGGACCCAAAUGUGACUUAUUUUGAGAUAGUCAAUCUCCAGAAAAUGAUGAAGAAAAGAGAGAAGAAUGAAGAGGAGAAUUGAUUCUGAAUUAAGUUCUUGAUAUCCUUUCCGUUGUUUCCCUUCCUUUUAUAGACUUUCAUCUCCUCCCUCUGUAACGGCCUUAACGGCCUUUGUACAUAAAAGAAACACAAAACGUUGCGUAUCAAAAGACUCUACAAUUAUUACAUUUCUGAAUACAACAAACGACGCCGUUCUAUUAAACUAAACGACACCACUUCACGUCCACUUCAUUCUCUUCAAAA